GCUACAUUAAAAUUUGACAUUCGAACACAGCUGGCUGGAAAACGGCUUAGUUGCCAGCACUGCUCCUCACAAACAAAGUCGUCAAAUUAACAGUUACAAAAAACUAACAAAACAGAGGAAAAUUUGUCAAACAGAAAAUCAUAGAAAAUGGAUGACGAGGAGACGGCAGAAAUCGAAGACGUAAAUGUAUUGGUACCUGCAACUGGGGGUGAGGGCCCUGUGGAUGGGGCAAGUGCAAUGGGCGCAGUGCAAGAAACAGAAAAUGUAAACGAAGAGAGUGAGGCUCAGAGAGAGGAAGAUGUGGUGCGAGACUAUAUGAUGGAGCUGAUUAGGCAAAGUGAUGAGCAAUUGGCAGCCGAUGCACCCGACGCUGCUGCCUCUACUGGCUCUGAUGGUUCUGGUGAUGAUGAUGAGCAGCCAAAUCAAAACGAAGAGGUGGGCGCAGGUAGCGGAGAACAGGAAGAUGAGGCAGCCUCCCACGAUAGUGACAUGUCCUUGGAUAGUCCUGGCAGUGAAGAUGACUCUGUUGUCUGGAAUCCACAUCCACCUGGCUGGAUGAUACCGCCGAAUCGUUUGCACUCUGCUGUUGAUAUGAUGGUAACACAGGCACGUAAUAGUGACGCUGGAAUUGCAGGCCUAUUGAGUCGUCAUCACUUUUUGCAGCGCAUUCGUAGCAUAGUCUUUAGCCAGGAGCGGAGACGUAGUCGCACCAGCGAGGAGGGCGAAGCCAGCUCGGAGCCACCACACACACCCCCGCCGCCCCGUUCGCCGUACGAUGUGGAAAUGGAGGAAGGCAUACGUUUCGAUACCAAUUUGGCUGCCGAGCAUUCAUAUUUUGGCAAUAAUUCAAGUCGUGUGCCCGGCGUUGACUACCUGGAGGAGGGAAGUACCCAUCAUAUGCUCAUAUUUCUGCAUCAGCAUAUUCUCUUUCCCGGCGAAGUGUUGCCCUUCAUGAUCGAUGGCAGCUUGAUUGACGAGGAAAUGCAACAAAAUGGUCUAGAUGGUCUCAUCUUUGCAGUGGGAUUCCCGCUAAUGCAGCCGCCGGAAGAUUGUCCCAAUCGACUAUAUGGAGUCACUUGUCAGAUCUAUGAGAAGGGCGAAAGUGGCCGCCAAUUGGUAUUCUACAAAUCGAGAGCUCUCCAGCGCAUUGUCAUCAAUUGCGACGAUAUACAGGGAAGUCCUUUCAGUCUGCCACAAUAUAUAGCACGUAAUCCGACAAACAAAUGCUAUAGCAAAGUGAAAAUCUUGCCGGAAUAUUUCUUACCCGAGCCACUGAAAUGCAUCGAUAUGGGUUCCAUGAGUCGUUUUCGUGAUAUACCCUCAAUGCGGAAUAUGUAUCAACGCUAUCAGAUCACAAGUACUCCAUGGCCGUUGGAUGCCUGCCUGGAAUACUCGUACACUGACAUCGUGGAGAAGGCACGCAAAAAGCUAGAGAUACACAAAAUCGACACAAUGCCAAAGUGUCCCAUACAAUUGUCGUUUUGGUUGGUGCGCAAUUUGCAUUUAACCGAGAAACUGAUGCGUUCCACCUUUCUCACCGAUUCGGUGAAUACGCGUCUCCAAAUAAUUGGCAGUACACUCAAAGAUGAAUCUGUUUUCUAUUGCCGCUACUGCAAUAGCAGUUUGGCCUAUUGUUCCGAUCUCUUUGCCAUGUCCAAGCAUGGCGUUCAGACUCAAUACUGCAAUUCAGCUGGCUAUAUUCAUGAGACGAAUACAGUUUAUCGUGUGAUGACCCAUGCCAUUGGUUAUAGUGGAGAGCCCACCACAGAAUUUAGUUGGUUUCCUGGCUAUCAGUGGCAUAUUAUUCUAUGUAAAUUUUGUGCCCAGCAUGUCGGAUGGGAAUUUAAGGCAGUUCAACCAAAUUUAACUCCGAAAUUGUUUUUCGGUUUGGCCGGUUCGAGUGUCAGAAUUGGCAAAUUAGUCGAGAACACUCCGGUUAAUGGUAGCACCUUUGUGGUCCGUAAUCUAUUGCGCAUGGUAUCCAGUGAGAUGGAAUGAGGCUGGCGAGUUGUGAAACGUUGUUUUAAUGGCAAAUGUUGUUCAAGAUUCAAUAUGCGCCAUAAUUGAAAAAAAAACAAAAUUUGGGACUUUAAAGCAACGUAAACUCGUUUCACAACUUUUCUUUUUGUUUCUUUUUUUUUUUGUUUUUAACCUAAAAAUUGGCAGCAUAUUUACAAACGGAAAGAUUGAUUUACAAUAACAAAAAUAUUGACAAAUUAUUUAGUUAAAUGAUAUACAUAUAUGGAUAACUAACUAAUACGCCUUUAAGCUAUCUAUGUAUUUUUUUCAUUGAUGACUUGAAAAUGUAAUGUUUUAUUGUAAGUAUUACUAAUAAACAAAUGAUAUAUGUAUAUGAUUAUA